AUGGCUACGGGGUUGAACAGCGAUGUCGAAAUGUCAGAUCGGAUAAUGUUGACAGAUGAACAAGCGGCUGGGGACAUAGUGCCAAUUUUUUGGCCGCUUCCACCCACCACACCUCCGCCCCCGUAUGUUGGUUCAACCCAGGCGCCAGACGGUUUGCCCGCAACUGGUUCGACGCCCCAGUCUCCUGAGACCGAGACUCCGGCAACACAUAGUGGAAUCGACCUUGCUGUGCAGUAUCUGCUCCCCGCAGAAAUCAGGGGCAAGGAUGCACUUGACGCCAAGAUCUUGCAACGAAUGGACACCAAAUAUGUCCAGACAGUUUCGGGCGAGAUGAUCACAGGCGACACUCUCAUCCUAAUCGACGUUCCUAGGGGUCAUCUACCCAACCGUACCUGCACUGGCUCUUCCUACCCGCAUCAGUACCGCAUCAGGAUUUGUUCAUCAAAACUACGCAGUUGCGGGUUCGACCUUUUCCCACGCCUGUUAGAUGACGAAAAAUACCAGGCCAAAACUUUCCGCCGAUUUGCCGCCAAUCAGACUCGACCACCAGGCGUUACUUACAUUCUUGAUCUUGGUCCUUCCACCGAUGAGGACCUUCAAUCAACCCAGCUGGAAACUCUCAGCCUCUCAAAGGGCUUAAUUCGAUGGCACAAGGCUGCCAAGGUGCCACCGUAUAUCAACGCCGAGCUUGUUGCAGGUCACGACGAUUGUUGCGAAUGCGGCGAUGUAGCUACAGAGGAGCCUACCAAGCCGCCUGCCAAGUCGCCUGCCAAGCCUCCUGUCAAAGGUGAAGGCGGCAAAGGCAGUAUUUGGGACCCUCAAAUUUCCUCGCCCGAGUACAGAAACAUCGAGGAUUACUGCGAGGUUCGUCAUGCUGCCAACGUAGUGCGGUUGCUUCGCGCCAUUGCUGGGGUGCCUGGCUGUCGGUUACCAUUGAACUCAGCCCCAAGAGUUUUCACCAUGGCCGGUCUGGCAAAGCUAUUUGAGCUGAACUUGUCGCACGAGAGCUUAUGGUUGCGGAAUGAGAUGCUAUGCUGGUUUAUCGCGGACAAGAACAGCCAAAUCAUGGAGAUCCUUACCGAAGAAUCGAUUACCAUGGCAUACAACUUGAAGAUUUCCAAGGUUGCGCGUGCCACGUAUCGACUUCUUGUCAGCGAGCACGCCCUCCAGCUUGAGUCGCGUCUCCCAACUCAACGCAGUGGUCACCAUUUCUCAGUUUUUGGGCGUCCACUCAAGGAUAUCAACGAUGAUGCAAUCCAGACAGCGGUUGAGCACGGCGGCCAGGCGCUGUCUGAGCGUGUCUCCGGAAUUGUUCAGCAUCUUGAGUCGGAUAAUGCGCUGCAAUGGCUUGGGAUGAAGCAGUGGCGUGAUUUGGAAUCUGUUGUUCAAGCCAUCGGAAAUCACACGGACCCUUUGAUGUCCAGGAAGACCAAAUUAGACUUGCUAUCUGUGCAAGAAGAGUUUGCUGCUCUCAAGCUUGCACUACUUAAGAUAAUUCGCUGGCAGUUAGGCGACGCGGUUAACCUCGGCAGCCAAAGUACUUUCGAACGUUAUGUCGAGAACCUGAGCUACCACGCGUCUCCUGGUCACGCCGUCAAGUUCACUGAGAUUUGGCAUAAUCUGAACAAGCGACAGAAGCAGCUUACUGCCGUUUUCUGGGAAAACCUGGAAAGAAGUUGGCCGCAUAAGAUUGACAUUAUGCCACAACGCAUCAAUCUUCAGCUAUCAGCUCAGCGCUUAAACAUGGCCAUAAGUGAAAUACCUCAUCCUGGUGUCACAGGGUUAGGAAGCUGGACGUGGUUUUACAGGCUGAAUAUUGACCUAUUGAUAACACAGCUCUAUGAUUCAGUACAGUUCAACGUAUGCGAACCCCUGAGGGGACAGGGUGCCAUAAGUCACGAAAACUCGGAGCUGCAGCUUCUCGCCAUUUCGUCUCAUCUUAUCGUUGGCCUCGACGAAGACGAGAUGCGUUUUCUGCCUCUCUGGGCAGAUGGACUAAAUGAUGGGUCCGGUGGUGUUUACACCAGCACAAUCCCCCCUGACAUGUCAGAUACUGCGCCCAUACAGCCGGGGCCUGGAUACGUCACUGGCCACAGCAGAGCCACGGAGGCAACCAACUCCACCGUCGGUGAUCUUGACCUCGACGAUCUGGAUAUCCAGAGCGUUGCCACAAUGACGGAGACGAAUGCUGCUGGCCGAGCUACGUGCUCUACAAUAGCGCCUUCUUACCAAGUUGGAGGCAGCGAAGAUCUCGACUUUCAAAGCGCGCGCUAUGCCAUUCCCGCCGAACACCAGCCGAUUUCUGUGGGCGUCUUUGGUCUUGUGGACACCUUGGAUGAGGAGUUUCCAGACGACGACUUCGAUUCCCGCUCGAAUUCGACUGCUCAAAAUACACCCACAGCUUCGGUGACCGGCACAGACACCGAGAGCAGAAGCUCUGACUGGGUCAUGACCUGA